GACGGAGCCGGAGCUUUCCAGGACGCUAGGCGUAGGACCCCAGAGCGGAGCUGAGGCUGGGGAAGGCAGACCAAGAGGGAAGAAGUGCAGGAUCCUAGAUUCCAUCCAGUCUGCCCAUGAGUAGAAGCAAAUGCCCAGUGGGACUGAUGCCUUCCGUGGUGGCCCCGGCUAAGGAGCCCAAUGCCACAUGCCCAAAGGCAGUGGAACUUGUUUUGGUCAAGGAGCAGAAUGGGGUGCAGCUCACGAACUCCACCCUCGUCAGCUCCCCACAGACCCCCGUGGAGACCCAGGAACGGGAGACAUGGAGCAAGAAGAUAGACUUCCUUCUCUCGGUGAUUGGCUUCGCCGUAGACCUGGCCAAUGUCUGGCGAUUUCCUUACCUGUGCUACAAAAACGGCGGGGGUGCCUUCCUGGUCCCCUACCUGCUCUUCAUGGUCAUUGCGGGGAUGCCACUUUUCUACAUGGAGCUGGCCCUUGGGCAGUUCAACAGGGAGGGCGCUGCUGGUGUCUGGAAGAUCUGUCCCAUACUCAAAGGUGUGGGUUUCACAGUCAUCCUGAUCUCGCUCUACGUUGGCUUCUUCUACAAUGUCAUCAUUGCCUGGGCACUGCAUUACUUCUUUUCCUCCUUCACCAUGGAGCUGCCCUGGAUCCACUGCAACAACACCUGGAACAGCCCCAACUGCACAGAUGCCCACUCUGGCAAUGCCAGUGACGCCUUGGGCCUCAACGACAGCUUCAGGACCACGCCCGCUGCCGAGUAUUUUGAGCGUGGCGUGCUGCACCUCCAUGAGAGCCACGGCAUCAAUGACCUGGGCCCUCCCCGCUGGCAGCUCACAUCCUGCCUCGUGCUGGUCAUCGUCUUGCUCUACUUCAGCUUGUGGAAGGGAGUGAAGACUUCUGGGAAGGUUGUGUGGAUCACGGCCACCAUGCCAUACAUGGUCCUUUUCGCCUUGCUCCUCCGAGGAAUUACUCUUCCCGGAGCCAUGGAUGGCAUCAGAGCAUACCUGAGCGUGGACUUCCAUCGGCUCUGUGAGGCGUCCGUGUGGAUCGACGCUGCCACCCAGAUAUGCUUCUCACUGGGCGUUGGGUUUGGGGUGCUAAUUGCCUUCUCCAGUUACAAUAAAUUCACCAACAACUGCUACAGAGAUGCCAUCAUCACCACCUCAGUCAACUCACUGACAAGCUUCUCCUCCGGCUUCGUGGUCUUCUCCUUCUUGGGGUACAUGGCCCAGAAACACAAUGUACCCAUUGGGGAUGUGGCCAAGGAUGGACCAGGCCUGAUUUUCAUCAUCUACCCUGAGGCGCUCGCCACGCUCCCGCUGUCCUCGGCCUGGGCUGUGGUUUUCUUCAUCAUGCUGCUCACCCUGGGGAUCGACAGCGCUAUGGGCGGGAUGGAGUCAGUGAUCACCGGGCUCAUUGAUGAGUUCCAGCUUCUGCACAGGCACCGGGAGCUCUUCACUCUCUUCAUCGUCCUGGCCACCUUCCUCCUCUCCCUCUUCUGCGUCACCAAUGGUGGCAUCUAUGUCUUCACACUCCUGGACCAUUUUGCAGCUGGCACAUCCAUCCUCUUUGGCGUGCUCAUUGAGGCCAUUGGGGUAGCCUGGUUCUACGGUGUGCGGCAGUUUAGUGAUGACAUCAAGCAGAUGACCGGUCAGCGGCCCAGCCUCUACUGGCGGCUGUGCUGGAAGUUCGUCAGCCCCUGCUUCCUCCUGUUUGUGGUCGUGGUCAGCAUCGUGACCUUCAGGCCCCCGCACUAUGGAGACUACGUUUUCCCCGAGUGGGCCAAUGCGCUGGGGUGGACCAUCGCAGCAUCCUCCAUGUCCAUGGUGCCCAUCUAUGCGGCCUACAAGUUCUACAGUUUGCCCGGGUCCCUGCGGGAGAAAGUGGCCUAUGCCAUUACUCCAGAGAAGGAGCGCCAGCUGGUGGACAGAGGGCAGGUGCGCCAGUUCACGCUGCGCCACUGGCUCAUGGUAUAGAGGGCAGUGGAGAAGGAAGACCCUGGGCAGCUGCCCCACUGCAGGAGAGACACCAGCCAAAAUGGAAAACCUGAGCUUGGAUGGAAAGGAGGGCUGCUCUACUAUUUAACUUCUGCUUUCCUGGAAACACACAAGAGCUUUAUCUUCUGACUGUUUACACCCUCGUGCCACGGGGAGAGGACCUGCCGUCCGUCCUGUGUCACUGUGUAACUUGGUAGAUCUGUGCCCAUUCCCGCAGGUAGAAAACAUUGUGUUCUAUUCAUGUCAUGCAGCUCCCCCAACCCUCUGCCGCCGUCCAGAGCACAGGGCUCGCUCCAACUGUGUGCCAGAAAGAAAUACAGUAAUUAGAGGCGCACUCUGCAAGAGCGCCAGCGUUCACAACAGCUUCCCGAGUCAUUCGUUUUGUUCGUAUUUAAAAAGCCAAACAUCAUAUUUUGCCUAAUCAUGCAGAAGGUGAAAUGGAAGAGACCGUGCAAAGGGUGAUCAAACGGUGGGGGGCAGGGAGGGCUUGUGUCUUCCCGUGACACACGCGCUCUGUUCAAAGCCACAGAGGGUGAGGGUCCCAUGUGUGAUGAGAAUGUUGUUUAUUUCCUUGUAGCAGAGAAAAACAAACUCGGUGGAAUCUGUGUGGCUGCCACAGUUCUUGUCUGAUGCGGGCCCGGAUCAGCUCAUGGUCACCUCACUGUGGACCCGGCCCUAGGAGAAAGCGUGCUCCCAGUGAGCAGGGAUGCAUACCCGGCUGCUGGGCCCUGACUGUGCAGGGACGUGAAGGCAGGCGACUUGAAGACCUCACCAGGCGCAGCCUUGAGCUGUGACCUUAGAAACAAGACCCCGCCAGAAUUUUAUUUCUCUCAGGCGUAUAUCACAUCAAUAACAACACUUUUUAAGUUAGGGAAUGGCUUUUUAAAGUCGUAUUUACCUGUGAAUCAAAACCAAUUCUCAGAAUACAGGGUUGGUUUCUAAAAACCUGUUUCCUGUUCCAGUUGUUGUCUGUGAGAAUAUUAGCAAAAGCGAGAGAAGACCAUUGGCCAAGAGUCGCCCGCCUGGAUGGAAGGCGCCGUGGGUCAUCGCAAC